AUGCAGGCCUGUGACCGGUGCCACCUACGCAAAACGAGAUGUGACCGACGUAUACCCCGAUGUACCGCUUGCGAGAAGGCCGGGGCCCAAUGCCUGCACGUGGACAAGCUCAGGUCACGCAACCUCCCCCGGGGAUAUGUGGAGAGUCUCGAGAGCGAUUUGAGAAAGGCCGAAGAUGAGAAUCUCAGGCUCCAAAGAGAGCUUUCUGUGCUUCACGCCCAGGUCUCUAGUGCCACAUCCAAAGAUCCCAGCCCCAAUCCCAAUUACAUGACCCAGGAUGCAGAGGUUGAGGUUUCCACAGAUCCUUCGGCCUCGGCGAAUGUUGGACAGAACGAACACUCGAAUGGAGCAAAUCCGGUUAGCCAGUUUCCCUCACAGGAGCGCAAUGUUGUCAUGACUGCGGCAUCAAUGGCUUCCACGAGAACUCCAGCAGACGAGGCCUUCACCACCGAGGUCGGAUACCUCACGUUGACCGCGGCAGGUGAGACGCGCUAUCUUGGAUCUAGUAGUGGAAUGGGCCUGGCCAGUAUCAUCAGCUCUGUCCUGGAUCCCCAGCAGUCGGAGGGAUUCUGCUCGAAUGACCUUGAUGGAGGCAAUUGGCGGAUGUCCAGUGCCGCGAGUGAGGCGCCCUUUCCCCCUCAGAAUCUCGCAAUGCCGUUUAUCGAGGCAUACUUCCAGCACACUCAUUUAACAUUUCCGUUACUACACCGUCCCACCUUUCUGGCCGCUGUGGAACAGAUCUACAGCAACCCGACAUAUUACUCCACCCAUCCGUUCGAUGCGUUUGCGUUUGACAUGGUGUUGGCAAUUGGAAGCUCCAACGUCAACCGGUUCGAGGAGUCGACGGCAAUUACAGCAACCCACUAUACUAGAGCCCAGAAAAAGCUGCAUGAGCUCUUAAAUAUGAGGGGACUUGUUCCUCUUCAAACGAUCAUUCUUCUCUCUCAGCAUGGCAUAUUCAGCAACUUGCGAGACACCAGCGGUAGUAUAUGGCACCUCAUCGGCAUCGGGGCAAGGAUGUGUUUCGAGUUGGGCCUCCACCUCGAGCUUAAACGAGUCGACCGGCAGACCAGACGGCCAGUUGCGCGAACUUUGCCCAUAACUUUUGAGGUGGAGAUGCGGAGACGGACAUUUUGGUGCUUUUACAACCUUGACAGAGUAGUGAGCUUCACCCUUGGACGCCCGGUGGCCCUGAGGGACGAGGACAUCGACAUCUCACUCCCUUCACACUUGGAAGAUGAAGAAUUUGGCCCUGACCAGCCCAUCGAACCGGAUUCCAACCCAGAUGCCCCGAAAAUUUCUCCAUUUCUGCACGUCAUCAAAAUCCGUCAUUUGUCAGGGAAAAUUCUCAGCACAUUGUACGCCGCCAAACAGAAGAGCGAGAUCCCUUUGCAGGAAAAGGUCCGAGUCCGGAGUCAGCUCUACGACGAACUUGUCGCUUGGAAGAACGCCACGAGCCUGCUAAAUCUGGAAGAUCGCCAUCACAACAAUCGGGCAUUUGUGUCUUGCUUCUUGUCUGUGCACUGGUACAACGCCGUGUUCAACAAUGCAGUUCUGUUGCUAUAUCGACCUUCACCAUACCUUCCUCAUCCCGUCAUGCCCACCAAACCGGGCGAAGAGGAGGGCGACUUGCAACGACUAUACUACGCAGCCAAAUCGUCCAUCUCUUCCUACUACGAACUACAUCGGAGACGGCAGUUGAACUACUCAUGGAUCACGCUCCAUGGCAUCUUUAUCGACGGGCUUGCCUACGUGUAUGGAAUCGGUCUGGCCUUGAGGAACCCCAGUCACGCCAUGCCCACCCCGGAUUAUCUGGAAAUCAUCAACGACACCCGCGCGUGUUCCAAUAUCCUUGUCGCUAUCUGCGAAAGAUGGAGUGUCGCCCGCAGCUCUUGUGAACUGUUCAACCGCCUAAGCAACGCCGUGAUCCGAGACGCAGUCAACGCCGCGGCAAAGAAGGACCUGGCCCCAGCUGCGUCGGCGCAAGGCCACCAGUCAGGUCGUAUCUACUCCCUGCAAGGAGCCACUACGCUCGAUCGACCCUCGCCUUCAGCAAGCACAGCCGGUGAUAGUCUACCGGAUUCAUGGCGCCUAGGAUCUGACCACUACGACUUAUUGUCCUCGAUGAAUCAGUUUGACCACAUGUUCGUGGCGGAUGAAUUCAGACAGUACUCGAAUGCGCUGGACAUGCCGGCUCGGGGUGACCAAGCUGUGCCCAGUGAGCUGAUAAAUGGGUUCUCACAAGAUUGGCCAUUCGAAGAUGCGCCGUUGGUGUCACAAGAUGCAUUCGGCAUCCCCAUGCAGGGAGUUGACAAACUAUGGUGA